GAAGAGAUCUGGGGAGAUGGCCGUGGUACAAGGGACGGAAAGGUGGCCUCCGAUCCUCUGGGAGACAGAAGGCCAGGAUGGGGGCGCGCUGGGCUCCCUUUCCCGAGCCUCCCCAGCAGAGUAGAGCAGCCCUCCCAGGCCUCGCAGGGCUGCAGCCCCUCGUCCGCCCGAGCCCCUCCCCCGGCCCGGAGCCCCUCCCCGCGCUUCCCCUCGCCGCGCUCUCCUCCCCUCCCCUCCCUUCCCUGGCCGCCCCGCCUCCGCCUCCUGCGCCCACAGCGUCGGCCAGCGCCGAGCCCCCAGGAGCCCGAGCGCGGCCCAGGGGCGCCGCCGGCCCCUCCCCGGCGCGCUGACAGCAGGCCCGGCCCCCGCCCGGUGCCCUCGCCGGCGGGACACACCCCCGGCCCUCCUCUGCGCCGCCAGUUCCCGCCGGCCCCACCGGGCGGCAGAGAGAGCGGGCCGGGGAGCGCAGCGCGGCGGCGCGGGAGGGAAGGGGCGCGCGGCAGGCCCGCGGGAGCAGCCCGGGGCGCACGGAGCCCUCGCGCCCUCCACGACAGUCGCCUGCCCGGGAGCCGCGGCUGUGGGUACCGAGAGCCCGGGUGGGGAACGGCGCGUGGGGCAGGGGUGGCGCAGAGCCGCGGGCAACGGGAGAAGGAGCCGGAACCCGGCCGGGAUGAGAAGGUGACGCCGCCGGGGGGCGCCACUCUCUUUGUGGGGAAGAUGCUCGCCUACUGCGUGCAAGAUGCCACCGUGGUGGACGUGGAGAAGCGGAGGAGCCCCUCCAAGCACUAUGUAUAUAUUAUCAAUGUGACCUGGUCCGACUCUACCUCCCAGACUAUCUACCGGAGGUACAGCAAGUUCUUUGACCUGCAGAUGCAGCUUCUGGAUAAGUUUCCUAUCGAAGGUGGCCAGAAGGAUCCCAAGCAAAGGAUCAUCCCCUUCCUCCCUGGCAAGAUCCUCUUCCGGAGAAGCCACAUCCGGGACGUGGCUGUGAAGAGACUGAAGCCCAUUGACGAGUACUGCAGGGCACUUGUCCGGCUGCCUCCCCACAUUUCACAGUGUGAUGAAGUCUUUCGGUUCUUUGAGGCACGGCCUGAGGAUAUCAACCCCCCAAAAGAAGAUUAUGGCAGUUCCAAGAGGAAAUCAGUGUGGUUAUCCAGCUGGGCUGAGUCUCCCAAGAAGGACGUGACAGGUGCCGACACCAACGCCGAGCCCAUGAUCCUGGAACAGUACGUGGUGGUGUCCAACUAUAAGAAACAAGAGAACUCGGAGCUGAGCCUCCAGGCCGGGGAGGUGGUAGAUGUCAUCGAGAAGAACGAAAGUGGUUGGUGGUUUGUAAGCACAUCUGAGGAGCAGGGCUGGGUCCCUGCCACCUACCUGGAGGCCCAGAAUGGCACGCGAGAUGACUCGGACAUCAACACCUCCAAGACUGGGGAAGUGUCCAAGAGACGCAAAGCUCACCUGCGGCGCCUGGAUCGCCGGUGGACCCUGGGCGGGAUGGUCAGCAGGCAGCACAGCCGAGAAGAGAAGUACGUCACCGUGCAGCCCUACACCAGCCAGAGCAAGGACGAGAUUGGCUUCGAGAAGGGCGUCACAGUGGAGGUGAUCCGCAAGAACCUGGAAGGCUGGUGGUACAUCAGAUAUCUAGGCAAAGAGGGCUGGGCACCAGCGUCCUAUCUGAAGAAGGCCAAGGAUGACCUGCCGACCCGGAAGAAGAACCUGGCAGGUCCAGUGGAGAUCAUUGGGAACAUCAUGGAGAUCAGCAACCUGCUCAACAAGAAGGCAUCUGGAGAUAAGGAGGCCCCCACUGACGGCGAGGGAUCAGAAGCCCCCAUCACCAAGAAGGAGAUCAGCCUACCCAUCCUCUGCAAUGCCUCCAAUGGCAGCGCCUUGGGCAUCCCCGAGAGGACUACAUCCAAGCUGGCCCAGGGCUCCCCAGCCGUGGCCAGGAUUGCCCCGCAGAGGGCCCAGAUCAGCUCCCCAAAUCUGAGGACAAGACCGCCCCCACGCAGAGAAUCCAGCCUGGGGUUCCAGCUGCCAAAGCCACCAGAGCCCCCUUCUGUUGAGGUGGAAUACUACACCAUUGCCGAGUUCCAGUCUUGCAUUUCUGACGGGAUCAGCUUUCGGGGUGGACAGAAGGCAGAGGUCAUUGACAAGAACUCAGGUGGUUGGUGGUACGUGCAGAUCGGGGAGAAGGAGGGCUGGGCCCCUGCGUCGUACAUCGAUAAGCGCAAGAAGCCCAACCUGAGCCGCAGAACUAGCACUCUGACCCGGCCCAAGGUGCCGCCGCCCGCACCCCCCAGCAAACCCAAGGAGACCGAGGAGAACCCAGCAGGGGCCUGUGAGAGCCAGGACUCCCCACUGAAGUUUAAGUAUGAGGAGCCUGAGUAUGAUAUCCCUGCCUUUGGCUUUGACUCGGAGCCUGAGCUGAGUGAAGAGCCCACAGAGGACAGAGGCUCCGGGGACAGGCGUCCUGCCCAGCCCCGAAGGUCCUCGCCUGCCUCCUCCCUGCAGCGGGCCCGCUUCAAGGUGGGCGAGUCUUGUGAGGAUGUGGCCCUGGAAGAGGAGACGAUCUACGAGAACGAGGGCUUCAGGCCUCACACGGAAGACACCCUGUCUGCCAGGUGCUCCUCUGGGGACAGUGACUCCCCCGGAAGCUCCUCACUGUCUCUUGCCAUGAAAAACUCCCCCAAGUCAGGUUCUCCCAAAUCAUCAUCACUCCUCAAGCUCAAGGCAGAGAAGAAUGCCCAGGCAGAACUGGGGAAGAACCAGUCCAACGUCUCUUUCUCCUCCUCCAUCACCAUCGGCACCACCUGCUCUUCCUCCUCCUCUUCUUCCUCCUUGUCCAAGAACAAUGGUGACCUGAAGCCUCGCUCCGCCUCAGAUGCAGGCAUCCGUGGCACCCCCAAGGUCGGGACCAAGAAAGACGCCGAUAUGAAGGCCGGGCUGGCCUCCUGCACCCGAGCCAAGCCAUCGGUCCGACCAAAGCCAGUCCUGAACCGAGCCGAGUCUCAAAGCCAGGAGAAGAUGGACAUUAGCUCCUUACGGCGCCAGCUGAGGCCCACAGGCCAGCUCCGGGGGGGCCUCAAGGGUUCUAGGAGUGAGGACUCAGAGCUGCCCCCGCAGACGGCCUCUGAGGGGUCCCGGAGAGGCUCUGCGGACAUCACCCCCCUCCCAGCCGCCACUCCCUCCUGCGUUCCCAAGAAGGAAUGGGAAGGGCGAGGCAUCACCUUUGUGACCUGUAGCGCCUAUCAGAAGGUCCAGGACUCAGAGAUCAGCUUUCCCGCGGGCGUGGAAGUGCACGUGCUGGAAAAGGCGGAAAGCGGCUGGUGGUAUGUGAGGUUUGGGGAGCUGGAGGGCUGGGCUCCCUCCCACUACUUGGUGCCCGAGGAGAACCAGCAACCUGACACCGCUGACAGAGAGCCAGACACAGUAAAGAGCUCUCAGAACGAGGGCAAGUCAGACAGCCUGGAAAAGAUCGAGAAGCGGGUACAAGCACUGAACACUGUGAACCAGAACAAGAGGGCCACCCCACCCAUCCCCUCUAAGCCCCCCGGGGGCUUCGGCAAGACCUCGGGCACCACAGCGGUGAAGAUGAGGAAUGGGGUACGGCAAGUAGCCGUCAGGCCUCAGUCUGUGUUUGUGUCUCCACCACCCAAGGACAACAACCUGUCCUGUGCCCUGCGUAGGAAUGAGUCACUGACGGCCACGGACAGCCUUAGGGGUGUCCGCAGGAACUCCUCCUUUAGCACCGCACGGUCAGCAGCCGCCGAGGCCAAGGGCCGCUUGGCAGAGCGGGCUGCCAGCCAGGGCUCGGAAUCGCCCCUGCUGCCUGCCCAGCGCAACGGCAUCCCGGUCUCCCCAGUGCGCCCUAAGCCCAUUGAGAAGUCUCAGUUCAUCCACAACAACCUCAAAGAUCUAUACAUCUCUAUCGCAGACUAUGAGGGUGACGAAGAGACCGCGGGCUUCCAGGAGGGGGUGUCCAUGGAGGUGCUGGAGAGGAACCCCAAUGGCUGGUGGUACUGCCAGAUCCUGGAUGAGGUGAAGCCCUUCAAGGGCUGGGUACCCUCCAACUACCUUGAGAAGAAGAACUAGCAGAGCAGGGAGCCCUUCCAGACUCAGCGCGCCGCUCCGGCUGCCGCGGGAUGAGCUGUGGCGUGCAGACAAGGGGAAGGGCAAAAUGGGAGGGGGGAGGGGGAUGACAGCAUUGAACCCUGCAGAAUAUGUAACCCCCACCCCAGCACAACCUCUAGCUGGAAGGGAGGAUGUGAUGGGUGUGUAGACUUAGGAGAAAGGGAAUAGCAGGCACAUCCUGGGCCCAGGACCCCUGCGUGCACACUGAUGACUUUGCUGAUGGACUGUAUUGCCAUUUAGUACAGGCCAUGUGGGGAAAGCCUGAUCGUGCCUUUGCUGCAGAUGUGGAAAAGAUGUCAUGAGGUGAGCUGUGUCCAGGGUCCUGCCGCUGCUCAGCCACUCCAGUGGCUGGCUUCACCUCUGGAAGUCACCUUUAUGUUGUCCUAAUGAUGUGUUCUGAGAUUGUGCUGGUUUCUAGUCCACCGCUGACCACUGGUGGGGGUCCUGGAAGGCCACCAGCUCGAGGGCUUGGCAGUGUCGCCGAAGAGCUCAGCCCUUUCUGGGGCCAGGCCACAGCCUAUGUUUGGUAGUUAAGAGUUCCCAGAUGCCAACAAGGACCACUUCCUUUUGCUGUGCCGCCCUGGCCUUGCCGUGAGAGCCUGCUCUCUGUGGGGCACUCAGAGGACAGUGUGGGAGCCGACCUAGAGGAUGCCAGGCUCCUCAUACUCUAGAGAUUGCCUGAGGGUUUCUGGGUAGGCAGUUCCUUUUGCCUGUUUGGGGAAGGGUUAUUGGAUGGGAGGUUAUAUCAGGCGUUUGGUUUGGGGUUUGUUUUAGAAGUUGUUCAGGGGCCCGAGGGGCUCAGCCUCACAAAGCAGAGAAGCAGGGGUGGGUGGGGUUUUCUGUUGAAUUCCGGGGAGGGAUGUUUUAUUUGGAUUUUGGUUUAACGUUUUUUGCCUUUCCAUAAGCCAAGUUGUUUGUUUAGGUUUCCACUGUGUGCGCAGUGCCCAAGCAUGGCGCCUCACCAGGGAAUUUGGGGCCCGCUAUGGCCAGGUCCCAGACUCCAUGAAACAAAGUGUUUGGGUUCCUGCCCAAGAGGGAAAGGGGCACUGUCAGAAGCCAGGCUGCUGGGUGACUAUUAUGCCUCCUCCUGCACAUUUUCUCCAACCUGGGCAGGGCCCAAAGAAAGCCUUACUGUAGGAAAGUCAGUCGCCACCAACCCUGGGCAGAAGGGACUCUGGCUGGGUUGGCCUGGAGCAGACGCCACCCACUGGGCCCCUUAGCCUUCUGGCAAUGCUACAAGUGCCCAAGAAGAUGGACUCCAAAGCCAGGAACCAACCCUGUGUUCCCAAGGGCAAUGCCCCAGGGAACAGAGAAGCAAAGGAAUGGAGUUUGCUGCAGUUCUCUGCUUUGGGUUGUGAUUCAAUAUUGGACAUUUCAGGGGGGACCCUCCGGAGAGAACCACAGCGUGCUUCCUCCAAGGAUUCCCCUCGAGCUGGGAGUGGAUUCCACACGUGCCUUGAUUUGGGACAGAUCCUGCCUCACAGCCUGUGGCUGAGCUGCCAGCAUCUCCCCUGACCGAGGGCUGCUGGUUCCAGGAGACGUGGGAGGAAGCACGCCUCUCCCCCCUCCUCCUAGGCAGGUCUGCCUUCAGCUCCCAACCCUAACCUUCUGGAUCUCCAAGCCUAUGACCCGCCCACGCGCAGAUACAAACCGCUAGCCUCCCCUGUCAAAGGCCCUGUGGUAAUAUUGUUCUAUCUCCUUUUCUGUGUUCAUGAGUCUGUUUAAAAUUGAAAUUAGUUAUUUUCUUCUGCUGGACAGUAUUAAAUAGAGCAGGAUGUUGAGUUAAUCUGCUAGAUUGCAGUACUAACGGUAGUGGGUAGGUGUCUUCAUGAUAUUAUUUGUACUUUUGAACAAUAAUGAUAAAGAAGUGGUUCAUUAUUUCUUAAUUAGUGCACUUUAAGGUGAAAUGGAAAGAAACUCGGAGAGCAAAGUGCAUUACUUAAAGAUGCAGUAUAUACUCUUCUCAUUUUAAAACAGCACAUAUUUAUUAAAAGAAGAAAAAGUAAUUUAUGACUAUUUAAAAUAAAAUUUAAAAGUAGAAUGACUGUCAGGUGAAAGGACCUUCCGCAUAGCUGUCUGCCAGGGGAUAGCCCACAGCCUCGCUCCUCAGAUGUCUGCACUGAGCCAGCUCGCGAUGACUAGUGCGCCCGCCAGGCACAGAGCAUCUCAGUUGGACUGGACCACCGGGAUCCCCAGAGCCUGCCUUUCCUACCUGCCCUGCCCUCUGCAUUCACAUCCUUCCAUCUGCAUCCCAAAGACCCUCUCCCAACUCCCAGUGUUGUAGUCACAGGCCCAGUGGGACUGGAAGGGACCUUAGAAGUCCCAUCCUUUCUUGUUACUUCAACCCACGGAGAGGAAAUGGCUUUCCCCAAAUCGCCCAGUUAAUGGCAGGUUCCCGCAUUGCGUUAAUACUGUGUUCCUCUCCCGCCCCUUUAGUUUAUUGUGUUUACAUUGUAACAUCCAGCCCCAGGGAUGGCUGGGAGUUGCUCAGGCAUCUGGGGAAAGUGGGGAAUGUUGCCACCUAGUGUCAGUACGUAGACUUGGGCAACAAGUAGUGAUAGCCAAGGUGCCUCACCACCAGCCUGUCAGGGCACAGCACAAACCCUGCAAGCCCAAAGAAUACUUGAAACAAGAAGGGUGCAUGCCAGGCCUUGUGUCCCUGGAUCCUAGCCCUGCCCGGGCAAGAGGGCUUUUCCUUAGAGCUAAUGAGCUGCUUUGUGAUACUGGACGGACUGUGGCAGCAGUGGAAGAAGGACAGGGCCUGGGGCUCUGAUCCAUCUGGAGGAAAACCAGAUCGGACUAAAAGGAAAAAAAAAAAAAGGAAUCUCAGCAAAGUCCAAACUUAGUUUUCUAUUAUGAUUGAAAAUGUGAAAUGACAUUGUAUUGCUGUAUACUGCAACUUUAAUCAUAAUGAGCCCUUCUGAGGUCAUUAUUGAGGUUUAUAUAAUGCCCGAAGAUGCAGCGUGUGGUGCUUUGUCUGUCUUUCAAAGACCCUUUCCUUCUAUUCCAGGGGUGGAGGGAAGUCUUCAAACCUUCUCCUUCUUUAUCUCUGGCAGGCCUGACGACACUGCCUGGCCUCUCUGUGUUCUCACGGGGGUGGGGGGGCAGCGGGAGGAAGCUGAUGGGAGUGCCCACCAGCUGGUCUCCCGUUUGCCCUGGGGGCUCCCUUCACAAUGUGUGUGUGGGAGUUUCUGUGUGCAGGGCCUCACAUCUUCCACCCCCAGCCUGGCCCUGAGGGUUUCCCUUUCUCACUCCUAAAUGGACGAAGGCAUUAUAUAGAAUCAUUUAGUCACUUUGAGAUGUUAGAGCAGCAUAUUUUACUGGUAUUUAUAUCCAUCGCUUUCCUCAGCAAAGGCAUAUUACUACUUUUAUCAUCUAAGGAAAAGAGGACAAGGGAAUUUCAGUCAAACUUUACGUUCAUGUGAUUAGUACUUGCAGAGCAGACGUAAGCUAUUUAAGUUGUAGUGUUCUGUUUUUAGAAGGGGGGACCAGGUGAAAUCACCCCAAUUUCUUCUAGGUUUGACUAAUAUAUGGUUUCUUUAAGGUUACUCACUUCCCCUGUUCACUCCAAAUACCUUGCAUUCUCAAUGGAAAAUGAAAACACCCUGAGACAGGAAACGUGCAAUAUUACCAAGAGGGAUGUGGGACAGAGUGGACCCUGUUGGAUCUGCCUGCAGAGGAUGGCUGGGGCUGCUGGGAGGAGCCAGCACUGUGGAGUACAUGGGUGGGUGGGGAGCUUGAUCUCCAGGCAGGCCAGCUGUCUAUCUCCACCCCCACCCCCUGGCAUGAAGAAAGGGGAGCCACCUGGUGUUUUCCACCUAGAAGGAAGAGCUGGGGAAAUGGCACGGUGCUCUUGACCUCCUGGGCCUAGUCCCCAGAGCAGAAUGAGGUAUCCACUCCUGUCUUCAUGCCCAUUGUUUUGCAGCCAGCUGCUCCGAGAGACCCGUCCUGGAAGAGAUUCCCAGCAGCCCUCUCGCCCCAGCCUCCCCAUGUGUGGGCUACAAUGCUUUGGAUGUAUGCAUGAGUCUUUCUAAAACUAUGGAACCUCAGUUCACCUUACAGACAGGAAUCCUGACUGUAAGCAAACCCAUUUGGAGGGCAGGUGCUUUAAGCCCUUCAUACCCAGUGAGAUCCAAUUCCUACAGGCCUGCAGGUGGCCUGGGGCUGAGUCCCGGCCACCCGUUCAUCUCAGUGACUUGGCCAACAGGCACAAGCCCUGCUUCUGAUAGCAGAAACCCCCUUGACAGGUACACACCAGCCUGCUUUCACAUGCAGCAAGGGAAGUGGUGGGAUAGCACGUCUUCUUGGGGGUGAGGGCAGGUUGCGGGGCUCGGCGCAGCCUUGCUGGUGUGUCUCUUUAUAUAGUACUGUAGGCCUGCUGCUCCCACCACCUUGUGUGAAUUUCUAUUCAGAUGGGGAGAGGGUCCCGGCCCCUCUGGGGUCUCUCGCUAGGAACAGAUAUGGCUGCAUAGCUGAUCAAUUAGAAAAUCCGUGCAGCUCUCUGGAAAGACAACAGUUCACGUCACUAACCAAUUAAGAUUCCCUCGCUUUUUUGAGGGCUGAGAUAGCGUGUGUGCGUUUGUGUGUGUAUGUGUGUAGUGGUGGUGGUAAUUUCUAUGUGCAUGGAAAUUACAUGCGUGCCUGUGUGUGUGUGAGAGAGACUGGUGGUUAUUUCCCACUUGAACUAAAUAGCAUGGGGUUAGAGAAAAUAAAUACCGGGCAGGCGGUCUCCGUUGAACUAGUCCUUGUCAUUGGGCAGGUCCCAAGGGACUCGCAGCUCUGGCAGCAGGUAUGUGUGCCAUUCACACGAUUCUGGCUGGAGAGUGCAAUGUGUCUUUUUGUUUUUGUAAUUAUUUUAUUAUUUAGUUGGAAACUCACACUGGCAUUAACAGCUAACAGAAGCAGCCCAGGCCAUUGUCCCGGGCACCAAGCUGAAGACAUGGAGGAGAUACUAUUGAGUCUGGAAGCGUCGAGCGGUUAAAUCAGGGCACCCACCUGCACCCUACAUGUCCUGGGGUAUUAGAAUCUCCCCUGCAAGCCUUACAGUGCUUCCUGAGAGUGUGGAGGGCUCCUCAGGACCUUCUGAGCUUUGCUGGCUAAGUCCCACUUGGGUCAGUCUCAUGUCCCUGCAUUUCCCAAGCUCAGCUAGUGAGAGGACAAGGUCAGUGACCUUAGCUCUGCUUUUAACUACUGCUUUGUUCUGUGCAUCUAGGACAUCUGGGGCCCUCAGGCCACAAAGUGGGCUCAGUGGUGCUUGUAGACCAAAUAGAAGGGUCUUUCCAAAGCCUUGAUUCUAACCUGGCUACAAGGAAUUGGCAUGUGACAACCCCCCCCUCCCCAAUCCUGUCUAAAUCUCAAGAGAUCUUGACAGAAUUCCUCCCCCAUCACAGUCCUAGGAUUCAGUGGCCUUAGGGCGGGGCCCCUGUGCUGAAAAUCCCUGCCUUACUCCAAGUCUCAUUCUGGGCAAUGGGCUGUGUCUUUGGAAAUGUGAGAGAACUGUGUUGGUGCAAAAGGAUGGAUCUGGCAUGUUGGAAAGCUAGUGGGAGGCACGUUGGCAAGAUGAGUACGCACGUUUGGAAUUACUGGGGCUUACCGUCCCCAUACUGGACGGAGGCUUCCAGAGAUGUCUUUUAGGCAGAGAAGGUGUGGGAAGGCUGAGAGAGAGAGUUUGGAGUUGUACUGUGUUUGGAGCAGGAAGGAGUCUGUUCUUGGAGUUUGAAAACGACGGGUUUUACAGGGAUUGUUGUUCUCACCAGCCAAGAGUCCAGCCAGAGAAAACUCACUCACUGGGCCGCAGCUGGGCUUCCAGUUAGCACGGAUCAUCUUAAGGAAGAGGUGCUGCGAGCCACAGCCAGUCUGGGUUUGGAGGCCCUUUCCCAGAAGGCUUAAAGCCAUAUCCCAGAUUCCCGGUAGUCUUUGCCCAGUGUGUUUUGUCAGACUAAACACAUUAGAGACCACUGACCAUACAGGCCACACGGUAGGGACCCAGCAUCCCCACACUAGAACUUAAGAGCCCAGGCCUGCCCAGGAGGCAGGUGACCUCACUUUUCCUGUUGGCUUAGGACAUUUAUUCCCAAGUCUGUAACGGAACCUGUGGUUCUAACUGCCGAGCUGGCCUCCUGCUGCCAAUCAGCUGAGGUGAGCACACCAACAUCCUGGCCAAUGCCUUGUUUUCUAGUGGCUUCUACCGAGGCACACUGCUUUUGAGUUUACUUCAAAGGGUGUACAGCUGCCAUUCUUAGAUUUAUAAUUUGUCCCCUGCAACACCAGUUCUUGAGGGGUCUGGGAAGUAACUCCUAAGGCAGAUGUGAGUGACCCCACCCCCUGCAGUGUGGGUAUGUGGACUGGUGAGAAUGAGCAGGUGGAUGUCACAGGAACUUCAUCGUAGUGUCCACUCUGCCCCAGCCUGCUUCCCGGGAUCAGCAGGAGCCCCUCCCCCAGCUUCUUCCCUCCUCACCUCAGCAGAGAAACUGCCACAAGGACAUUGGAUGCGGUAGGGGUCGGUGCAAGUGCUGACAUAUCUCCAGAACCCUCAGUGGUGCUAAACUAUCUCCAUGUUUCUCAUAAUUCUAGCAGUGGGUUGUUUUUAUACGUCUCACCACAAACAGGCGGCGUCAUUGGGGAGGGACCCAGCCCCCUUGGCCUGCUGCUUUGCGGGUGUCCUUUAUCACUCUGAUGGGGGACUCUUUGGUCUGUAGAAAUGAUCUGUCUUGGCAUGCUUCUAGUCUUUUAAAUUUUGGGUUGUUUUCUUUCAUAUUUUGUUUAUGUUUACAGGCAUCUUGUAUUUCCCUAAAAACUAAAUAAAGUUUUUGGCCUUUUUAA